AAACACACCCACACUAGUCACAAUAACAGUCUUCUCCUCCUCUCUCAAUCUCAAUCAAGGAGAUAUAGUAAAUAGUACAAAUUUGUAGAGAAACAAACCCCAUAAGCCAUCAGCACAGCACUCUGAUUUUAAGCUUAAACACUUGAAGAGAGAUAGAGAGAGAGAGAGAACGAGACACCAAAAAGCUUUCUCGCAUUACAUAUACUACUUUUCUUCAUCUUCAAAAUAAACACUACUCCACUUUAGUAUAUCUUUCACUGUAUGCAUUUGAUGUGAGAUAGGGGAAUAAGUCAACAGAUCGGAGAUGGCGGAGGUUUCCGGCGAUAUGGAGACGCCGGAGGUGAGCAAUGUGAGACCGAGUGAGGUUGCCGUUACUCCGACGCCGUUGACAGUGUCGGCAUCCUUCAAGGAAGGAGGCAAAGGUUCUUCCCGGAGAAGGACAUCGGCGGUGAGGCCGAGCCUAGACGCCGAUGAGUUCAUGAACCUGCUCCACGGCUCGGAUCCGGUCAAGUUGGAGCUAAAUCGACUGGAGAAUGAAGUCAGAGAUAAGGACCGGGAACUGUCAGAAGCUCAAGUUGAGAUCAAGGCGUUAAGGUUGUCCGAACGUCUACGAGAAAAGGCUGUUGAAGAGCUCACUGACGAGUUGUCAAGGGUCUAUGAGAAGCUCAAAUUGACAGAAUCACUUCUAGAAAGCAAGAAUCUUGAAAUCAAGAAAAUCAACGAUGAGAAGAAAGCAUCCAUGGCAGCUCAAUUUGCAGCAGAAGCCACCCUUCGAAGGGUCCAUGCCGCUCAAAAGGAUGAUGAUAUGCCCCCAAUUGAGGCCAUCCUUGCGCCUUUGGAGGCUGAACUCAAACUUGCUCGUCAAGAGAUUGCGAAACUACAAGAUGAUAAUAAAGCGUUGGACCGUCUUACCAAGUCAAAAGAGGCAGCUUUACUUGAUGCAGAGAGAACUGUGCAGUCAGCAUUAGCAAAGGCUUCUAUGGUAGAUGACCUUCAGAAUAAGAAUCAAGAGCUGAUGAAACAGAUAGAGAUAUGCCAGGAAGAAAAUAAAAUCUUAGACAGAAUGCAUCGCCAAAAGGUUGCAGAGGUUGAAAAACUUACCCAAAGUGUACGCGAACUUGAGGAGGCUGUUCUGGCUGGUGGGGCAGCUGCUAAUGCUGUCCGGGAUUACCAACGUAAAGUUCAAGAAAUGAAUGAAGAAAGAAAAACUCUUGAUCGCGAGCUAGCACGUGCAAAGGUAACAGCUAACAGGGUAGCAACUGUGGUUGCUAAUGAAUGGAAAGAUGCCAAUGAUAAAGUAAUGCCAGUGAAACAGUGGCUUGAAGAGAGGAGGGUUUUGCAGGGUGAGAUGCAACAAUUACGUGACAAGCUUGCAAUCACUGAAAGAACUGCAAAGUCAGAAGCCAUGUUAAAAGAGAAAUAUCAGUUGAGGCUCAAGGUCUUGGAAGAGACAUUGAGAUCAUCUAGCAGUGGCGCUCGCAGUACACCAGACGGUAGAAGCUCAAGCAAUGGUCCUUCACGUCGGCAGUCACUCAGUGGAGCUGAAAGUAUCUCCAAAUUGACCUCUAAUGGCUUCUUACCGAAGAGAUCUCCAUCAUUUCAGCUGAGAUCUUCUGUAUCCAGUACUGUUUUGAAGCAUGCGAAAGGGACCUCAAAGUCAUUUGAUGGUGGCUCAAGAUCAUUGGACAGGGGUAAAAAACUUCUGAAUGUAACAGGUCCAAAUUUCAACAGCAGCAAGUCUGUUGAUGGAGCUAAGGACAGUGAGACUGAGAGUACUUCUUGGAAAGCAAAUCAGGAUGAAAAACCCACUGGCCUACCAGUAAGUGAACCAGAAGAUACUGUGCCUGGACUACUAUAUGACUUACUGCAAAAAGAAGUAGUUUCUUUGAGGAAAGCUGGUCAUGAAAAAGAUCAAAGUCUUAAAGACAAGGACGACGCCAUUGAGAUGUUAGCUAAGAAAGUAGAGACUUUAACAAAAGCCAUGGAGGUUGAGGCCAAAAAGAUGAGAAGGGAGGUUGCUGCCAUGGAGAAAGAGGUGGCUGCUAUGCGUGUUGAGAAAGAACAAGAAAAUAGGGCAAAAAGAUUCGGAAAUUCUAAGGGUCCUGUGAACAGUUCUCAGCUGCUUCCUGGAAGGACUGUGGCACGGAGUGGGUUAACACGUAGCACACAAUAACAUACAAGGAAAAACCCAUAUACUGCCUUGAGAAGCUACUCCAUGUAGACCUCCUGAGCUCCUUGUCUACUUUACAAAUCCCCUAUUUUUACACCUCUAAUGGUUGUUUGUAAAAUUGUAACAAGCAUGCCAAUGAAAGAAUGACUGAUCUGUCUGCUCUCUGGUUGGGGCAAAAAAGGCAUCUCUCCAAACGCGGGGAAUAGCCAAUGAAUCUUGCUGUGCUUCUGACUUAGACUAUGGUCCCUGCCUGCUUACAGAUCAGCAGGAAAAGAAUCUCAAGAUAUCAAAUUUGAGCUAACCUUUUGGCAGUAAAUUUGAGUGGCAGUUAGCUUUGUGUUUGUAUAGGUAGCUUAUUGGCAUUUACUUUGCUCUACAAUUUUUUUUCAUCUUGUUUGUAGUCUAUAUUUGUAAUCUGCAGCUCUAGUGUGGUAUGUUAUUCGUUAAGGUUUGUCAAUAUUCUUGCAAUCAGAUAAAGAUGAGAAUAUUAUGCCCAUCUGGAGCAUGUUUCUUGUUUUUAUGUACCCAGCUAUUCAGUUCAAGUUAA